GACCAAGGGGGGAGGUGGACCUGCGGGGUCGCCCGACUCCUUCGUCUUCUUCUGUUUAUCAAUCUUGUGCUGUCUGCAAGAAACUACGAGUGUUCGCAAAGUGUAUUGUGAAGCGAUCGAAUCGAUGAGGCGGGUGGACCGAGCGGCGAGCAUGACCCUGCGAGGGUCCAGGAGGGACUCGGACGUCGUCCUAUCCAAUUUCGGUCAUAAGGAACACCUCUUCAAGUUCCUCGUUAUCGGCGAUUACGGUGUCGGCAAAACUGCGCUGGUCAGAAGAUACACGGAAGGGAAGUUCUCCUCGAAUUACAAGAUUACCAUAGGCGCCGAUUUUGCGAUAAAAACGCUCGAUUGGGAUCCGCAAACUAAAAUAAACUUACAACUAUGGGACAUCGCCGGACACGAGAGAUUUGGAUACAUGACGAGGGUCUAUUACAAAUACGCGGUGGCCGCGGCUCUCGUAUUUGACAUCUCACGUGCGGCGACCUUUCAAUCGAUGAAGAAGUGGUUGAACGAUCUCAGAGAAAAGGUCUCGCUACCGGACGGCUCAAGUAUACCGGUCGUGCUCCUGGCGAACAAGUGCGACAUAUCGGUUGCCGUGACCGACGAGCAGAUCUCGAAAUUCUGCAAGGAGAACAAGAUAUAUGCCUGGUACGCGACUUCCGCGAAGAACAACACCAAUGUCGAUACAGCGAUGCGCUACUUGGUGGAUAAGGUGCUGAGUGCGAGGAUAGACAACGGUAUACGGGACUCGAUACGAUUACGACGUGAGAGCUCGUUAAAUCGCGAAAAAUCUGCGUGCUGCAAAUAGAGCGAUGUGCAUGCACGAGCGACCUUAAUUAAUCGAAGAUGCACGUCAAUUACUGGGAUGCGCCUCGGACAAUUAAUCGAGAGAUCGUCGAACAUGAUGAUGGUCGUGUGAUGACGAAACGAAGUUACGAAAAUAUAUCGUUGAAAGAUUUACACGUUGUCAUCGAAUAUCAUAGAAAAAUAAAUAAUAGAUUAGUAAAAGUUGAUCGGUUUCAAUGUUCCUUUUGCUACGUAAAAUGUAUUACAUGUUCUAAAGUAAAUUAGAAUACAAAUAAUGUAAGUAUAAAUGAAA